AUGAGCACGCCUGCACUGUCCGUCGGGCAGAAGGUCGAGCUCAACGACGGCCGCAUUGGAACGAUCCGAUAUUUGGGCAGUACAUCAUUCGCGGCCGGCGAGUGGGUGGGUGUCGAGCUUGAGGAAGCGACGGGCAAGAAUGAUGGCUCCGUCCAGGCGAAGCGAUAUUUCGAGUGCGCCGCUGCACACGGCAUCUUCUGUCGCGACAGUGGCAUAAAGGAUGUGCUGCCGGAGCCCAAACCAAAGGCCAAGCCGGCGGGCAAUGGCGCUCCGGUCAAAGGCAGGCCGAGCAGCAUACAGGGAACAUUGAAUGGCACGAGGCGGCAGACACUGCAGCAGGAUGCACCAGGCAGGAGAGUGAGCACGCUACAGAACAGUCCGACACCCGCAGGAAGAGUCCCUAGUGGUAUCAGGUCGCCAGUCAAGUCACCGACCAAGCAGCUCGGCACCAAUGGAACAUCCAGCGCCUCAACCUCGAGGACUGGAACACCACCGGUCACUGGCAAGAAACCUGUUGCAGCAGGUGCUGCAAAACCGAGUAGAGCUAGCAUGCUUCCACCGAGCACAGUGGGCGCAGCUGCAGGGCGGAGGACGUCUACCCUUCCCUCAGCAGGCGCAACGAGGGCAGCUCGACAAGCACCGCCAUCGACCACCACCUCGAGGAGUUCUGCCAUGUCGAAGACGUCCGCGGUCUCGCGGGCAGCACCUAGCACCCGACCUGGAUUGCAGGAGCGAUUACGAGCUGCAAAAGAAGAGUCCACGGGUGACGAGGCCAGUGAGCGCUCUAGUGUGCUGUCGCCCAGAGAAAGCGCAGCAUCAGAAGUCGCAAGUCAAGAUGAGGCCGAAAGUGAGAUGGACGAGCGAGACGACACUAUUACCAACUUCGCACCUCCGCCAGUACCACCCGUUCCACAAGAGCCACCACCUCCUCUAUCAAGGUCAAGACGGACCUCCUCGCCUGGUGCGUCUAUACAUUCUCAACGCACUCUACGUAGUGGAGCCGCUUCCAACCGAGAGAUCGAGGAGUUGCAGACAAAGGUGCGCUUACUGGAGCGCAAGCGAACCGAAGAUCGAGAGCUCAAGCAGAGCCUGGAGAAGGCAGAACGCGAGCGUGACCAGUACAAGGGUAUCAUAGAAAAGCUGCAGGACAAAUACCGGCCUUGGGGUGCAGAAAUUGAGAAGCUGAAGAAAGAGCUAGCAGAGUACCAGAAGCGAGUAGAGGACGUGGACGAGAUGCAAGCAAGACACGAAGUCGAAUUGGAAGCGGCCUUGGUCGAUCGGGAGUUUGCUGAAGAGCAGGCGGAAAGUUUCAAGGAGAACCUUGAAACUCUUCGCUCGAAGAAUGAAGAGUAUGAGCUAGAGCUUGACAUUUUGCGCCAAGAGAAAGAAGGAUACAGUACCGCAACGACUCCGGAGGACCGCGCGAGCGUUGGGUGGCUUCAGCUGGAGAGGACAAACGAUCGUCUACGAGAGGCACUCCUCAGUCUUCGCGAUAUGACCCAGGACAAGGAAGCGGAGCUUAAAGAGGAGAUCGACGCCCUGGAAGAGCAAGUCAAAGACAUGGAAAGCAUGAAGGGCCAGUUCGAGGGCACGAAAGAACAACUUCUUCGCAGCCAAAGCCAGUGUGAGGAGCUCCAGCAGCGACUAGAGGCCGCUGAGGUCGCCGAUGAAAUGAUCGAGAAUCUUGGUGAGGAGAACGAAAACCUUCGUCUCAAGAUGAAUGAACUGCGCGGAGCCAUUGAGGACCUUGAAGCUCUGAAAGAAUUGAACGACGAGCUCGAAAUCAAUCAUGUUGAAGCCGAGAAGCAGAUGCAAGAGGAGCUUGACUUCAAGGACAGUUUACUUCUGGACCGUGAGCGAACCGCGAGAGAACAGCAGCAGCAGCUCGAUCAGGCUGACUAUAACAUCAACCGCUUCAGGGAGCUUGUCACUCAGCUACAGAGUGAUCUGCAAGAUCUAGAGGCCAGCAAGCAGAUAUCCGAAUCGGAAGCUGCCCAGCUGUCAAGCAAAUCGCGAGCCAUGAUGGAUCUUAACCACAAGCUACAAUCAAGCGCCGCCAAGACACAGGUCAAGACAAUCGAUCUCGAGCUGCGAAAGCUGGACGCAGAACAAGCUUCUGAGCAUCUGGCGAUCAUCCAGCUGUUCUUGCCCGACUCUUUCGAGGCUGAACGUGACAGUGUUCUGUCACUUCUACGCUUCAAGCGCAUCGGUUUCAAGGCCAACUUGAUACAGAGCUUUGUCAAGGAGCGGAUCGCUUCGUUCGGCACUCGAGCCCAAGAUGAGGCGGUCUUUGCAGCAUGCGAUGCGCUCGACAAAUUGACAUGGAUUACUGGAGUGGCAGAUCAACUGGUCAACUCUAUUAGCAGCUGCAGCGCAAACACGUUCGCGCAGUACGGCGGCGCACUGUACGAGCUCGAAGUCGUCGAGCGAACCAUGAAUGACUAUGUCGAUGCGCUGCGGCGUGAUGAUCUCAACGAAGCGGACAUGCCUGUCCGUCUCGGCAGAUCGAUCGAGGUCAUGACACAUCUGUCGAGUCUACAUCUACACAACGGGUUGGCAGACCAUGCGGACGACCUCAUAAACAGGGCAUUGUUGUUGCAAAGUCGACUCGACAGCGCCACCACGGCAUUCACGUUGACCAAGACGAUGAUUCAGAAGCACUUGCCAAUACCUUCGGAUGAGGACGACGAAGAUGAUGACGGCAGUACGUCUGAUACUGCGCUGAUCGUGAACCGACUCAAGUCCAUCAUUGAGCAGACGAGGAACGCGAAGGUUGUUUCCGGGAAAACACAUCGGGCUCUCUCCGAUCUACAAGUCAGCCACAUGACCCUGGAUCAACGUUUCGUGGAAUACUUCGAGAAGGUUGAGUCCGUCGUCUCGCAGAUAGCGACAUACGCGUGCCAGUGCGGGUCCAGCCUGCAAGAGACGUUCUUCGAAGAGGGCCGUAACGAACCUUUCACGCCAUCAGAGGUGGCAGCUGUGCUCUCGCGAGUCGCUACAAGCUUGUUCUCGCUACCCAGCGCUGAGGCUGGACCGUACGCCACUCUUGCCACCAAACUUCGUGAUCUCAGUAGCCUGUUGACCGAUCUCUCUGCGCUACCUACUGAUAUUGACAACACAGUUGAGUUCGAACGAGCUCCAGCGCCAUGGGUGGCUCGGGCGGAAGAGCUCAAGCAGACCAAGAUAACAUCUGGCGAGGUUGAAGCCGAGCUGACGAGAACGCUGGAAUCUGUGCGCGAGCGCGACAGUGCCCUCAGACAGAAGGAAACCGAGCUCGAGGAGCAGAGUGUGCGCAUCGAAAUGCUCGAGGCCAGGAUGAAAGAUGCCAGCAAGCGAUCUGCUAAGAUCGCUGAGCUUGAGCGUAGCCUACGAGAAGCAAAGGAGAACGAAGCCAAGGCCAAGGGCGAGCUUAAAAAUGCACGACAAGAAUCGCAGCGUGACCUUGAUCGUGUACGCGAUGAGAUGGGACGACUGGCUGAGGCACGCAAGACAAGUGGCCGUAGCCGAGAGCUCGAUGGCGAUGCAAUGGGCGCGAGUGUAAGGAUCACGAUCAAACGGCAGGAAUACAAGAUUGCUGGUCUUGAAGGUGCCGUGAGGUAUCUCAAGGAGGACAAUCAUCGCCUACGACUACCCGCCGCAACUGCACCAGUGGCCACGCAGUCAAGCAUCGGCUGGCUGAAAGAUCCAUUGCAGAAGCCACAAAAGGCUUCGAAAGUGCUGCAAAGAGAAGGCAGCAAGGCCCUCGAGCAGUUGCUGGUGCUUGCAUCGCAGCCACCCAGCAUCGACCUUACGAAGAUGCCGGAGAAUAAGCUUGCCUGGCGACCGGCGAAAGAAAGUAGUCGUUGGCAAAUCGAACACAGGAACGAAGAAUGGGCUGACUGGAAGCAGUGGCGGGAAGAGCUCAUCAGUAGAGCAACAAUGUCGAUGCCCAGAGGCGGCAGGGUGGCGACGAAUGGCGUUGCGGCAUAG